AUGCAAUAAUUACAACUUUAUUUAUAAUAAAAGCAGUUAGAGGAAAAUUGUAUCCUUAUUAUUAAUUAUUUUCAGAGGAUCGAUAAUAGCAUCAACGCUUUGCAUUACUAGCAUAUGAAUGUGAAUAAUAAUUGAGGGAUUACUAACCUAACAAAUCCAACACUUAUAUUGCUUUAAUCAAUUACAUUGAUUGUUAUGGAUACAACCCUUUUGAUGGUAAAAUAUCUAAUCAUUUUUAGAAUAAUAUUUGAAUACUUAGGCAAUUGUAUAAUUGGAAAAUUAUAAUCAAAUCAAAUUUGAACAAAAUUUAUAAAUUGCAUUACAAAUUGACAAUUAAUUAUUGCAAUAUUUUGAUAAGCAAUUACGUUGUGGUACUAUUACAGAAGAAGAAGAUGAUGAAGAAGUACAUUUAGAUUCUAAUGAUUCAUAUGUCUUUGAUCCUAUGAAAGGAUUAAAAUUACAAAAGGAAAUUCAAUUAUUAUAAAAAUAAUCCAAAUCUUCAAAAUAACUCAAAUCAGUUCAACCAUAUUAUGAUAAAGAUUAUCCAUCAUAUAAAUAAUAAUAUCAAUAUUCAAGUGUUAAAAAAUAAUUAAAAUUAUCAGAUUAGAAAUCUGAUGAUUAUGAUGAUAUUUAAGAUUUUUCAAAUAAAUUAAAUUAAGAUGAAUAAGAAUAUCAAGAAGAUUAACAAUAUAAUUAAGAUUAAUUCUAUUAAAUACCAUAGGAUACACAAUAAAGAGAUGAUGAUUAAUAUGAUAUCCCUUAAUUUGGAAGUUAUGGUAAUAUAAUAUAAAUUAAUUUAGAUUCUGUUACAUUCAAAUAACAACUUUAAGAAUAAAUCUAAUUUUAUUAAAAUGAAUUAAGAAUUAGUAAAUAAAGUUUAGAAAAACCACUUUUAUUCUAAUCUCCAUUAAAAUAGGAUCUCCUUAAUAAAUUUGAAUUAACUAAUGGAAAUAAUAAUAUUGUUACAAGUGAAAAUAAAAAUGAAUUCAAUAAUUCAGAAAUUAAAUAUCAAAUCAAUAGUGCUAAUAAAUUUAUUAAUGAUUAAGAAUAAUAAAAUAUACCUGUUCCUAUUAGUGAAUCUCCAUAAAGAUUAAGAUAGUAAUAAUUAAAAAAAUAACCAUAAAUCUAAUAAGUAUCCUUAUUGGGUAGUUUAUUCACUCCAUAAGUAUUAAAAGAGAUGGAAUAUUUAAAUGAUGAUUUAUUACCAUAAUAAGAAUAUAGUAUACCAGUUUAAUAUUAAGAAAUAACUGUUGAAAGAGCAUUCAUAGAUGAAAGAAGAAAAUAAUAAUAAUAAUAAUAAUAAUAAUAACCAUAAUCAUAAUUAUCUUGUUAAUCAUAACCAUAAUCUUAAUUAACUAUUUAAUCAAGAACCAUUGAAUCAAAAUAAAGGAAAAGAACUCAUCCAACCUUUUCUCCUUUCAGAAUAUAAAUGAUGGAAGAAAUUAGAGAUGCUUUAGAAUCUAAACCAAUUGUAGAUGAUUUAAAGGAUGGAAAAACAUAAUUAGUAAUGUAUUAUUAUUUAUUUUAGUAUGUAAUGUAAUAAUUAUAAUCAAAAACUAAUGAAAUUUUUGAAUUCACCAUAUCUCUUGCAAAAGAAGUUUAAAGCAAAGGAUGGCUAUCAAAAUAAUCAAUUAUUAAAAUUAAUGAUCAAUAUAAAGAAUUUAGUCAUCUAUUAAUGAAAAAAUAACCUAAUCUAUAAUAAAAAUAAGAUAAUAAUUCAAUAGUCUAAAGAAUGUAUUCUCAAAUGACUGAAUAUUUGACAACUCAAUUCAUCUAAUAAUUAAAUCUAUAAUAAUAAAGUGAAUCUGUAUAUUUAAAUGCAAUAUUUACCCCAAUUAUUAUAGCUAUUGCUAUUGUAGAUAAGGAUUUUCCAAGAACUAAUUCUAAAAUACCUCCUAUUAAUUUAUAAUUAAUUUAAAAAACCUUUUAGAAUGCUUCUUAAACAGUCUAAACAAUUAAACAACUUCCUAAAUUAUUAUUGUAAAGAUAAAUCUUUUAAAGGGAUUUAUGCCUCUUUGAAGAAUCCUUAGAAAUGUUAUAAAGUCUUAUGUCUUAAUAAGAAGCUGUAACUAUUAUUCAAAAUAAGGAAUUAUAUUAAAUAAUAAGAUAAUGUUAUGUAAUACAAUAAUGUUUUUAAUUAAUGGAGAAUUUAAAAAUUGAGAAUGAUCAUGUUUUAUAAUUGAAUGAUAAUAAAAAAUAUUAAGAAUAAUGGAAACUAAUUGGUACAAGAUAUGCAUCAAAAAAAAAUAAGGAUGAAGUUUUAUAAAAAUAAAAUUAGGAAAUGCUUGAAAAAUUUGGUAUUGACUUCUAUGCUUGGUAAUUGAAUCUUCAAAUUUAAGAAAACGAAAUUAAAAAGAUUAAAAGAAUGGAAAAUGAAUAAUUAUGGAAAGAUAAGAGAAAUGAAAAAUAAUAAUAAAAAUAAGCUAUACAAAAAGAAAAUUAAGAUAUCUUAAGAGAAAAUGAAGAAUAAUAUAAAUUAAAUUAAGCUAUUAAAGAACAUGAUAAAUAAAAAAAGGCUUAAGAAUUUAGAGAAAGACAAUAAUAGAAGGCUUAUAGUUCUGUGAUGAUGAAAUAAUAAUAGAAAUGUGAUUAAUAAGAUAUGAGAAAGAAUCAAAGUUAAAUAAUAAAAUAGAGUUCUGAAAUCUUACAUAUUUAAAAAUUGGAUUUAAAAAAUGAGAAAGAUAGUGCUUGUAAAUAUAGACAAGAUAGAAUUAAUAGUGCUAGAGGACAUAAAAAAGAGAAGUAAACAAAUAGUCAAAAAAAAGAGGAAGAGGAAAGAGUUUGGUAAAAGGCUUAAGAAUUAUUAGCAAAACAAAGUUAAUUGCUUCAUUAGAAGAAGUUAAUUCUUUAACAAUUAAAGAAUAAAUGA